AUGAGCAGCGGCUACAGCAGCCUGGAGGAGGACUCCGAGGACUUCUUCUUCACCGCCAGGACCUCCUUCUUCAGGAGAGCGCCCCAGGGCAAGCUCCGCACCGGCCAGCAAGAUGUGGAGAAAGAGAAGGAAACCCACAAUUACCUCAGCAAAGAGGAAAUCAAAGAGAAAGUUCAUAAAUACAACUUAGCAGUCACAGACAAGUUGAAGAUGACCUUGAAUUCAAAUGGGAUUUACACUGGCUUCAUUAAAGUACAGAUGGAACUCUGCAAACCUUCACAGACGGCUGGAAAGCCCGCUCCCAGUAGCAAUGGCUGUAUGAACACCCUUCACAUCAGCAGCACGAACACCGUUGGCGAAGUGAUUGAGGCCCUGCUUAAGAAGUUUCUUGUGACCGAGAGCCCUACCAAGUUUGCACUUUAUAAGCGGUGUCACCGGGAAGAUCAAGUCUACGCCUGCAAGCUCUCGGACCGGGAACAUCCACUCUACCUGCGUCUGGUAGCAGGUCCCAGAACAGACACACUCAGUUUUGUUCUUCGCGAACAUGAAAUUGGAGAGUGGGAAGCCUUCAGCCUGCCAGAGCUACAGAAUUUCUUGAGGAUCUUGGACAAGGAAGAAGACGAGCAGCUACAGAACCUGAAGGAGCGCUAUGCGGCCUACAGACACAAGCUGGAAGAAGCCCUCAGCCAGGCGUGGAAACCGGGGUAA